ACUUAAGUAUAUAACGUAGGUUAAAUAACACGCACAUAAAUACAUAGGUGUGAGUUUAUCUCCUUUUAUGUAUUUGAGUAAGAUAAGAAAGACAUUUCAAACAAAAAGUUAAAUUUGAUUAAACUGUUAGAUUAUUCACUCAUAUUAGAAUGUGCACGAUGGGAUGUGCCGAAGGGAUCGUUAAAUUAUUCGUAUUUGGUGCUAAUGUCAUUUUCGCACUUGGCGGCUUGGCACUCAUAAUUGUCGGAGUCUUAUAUAAAUUAAAUAUAAGCGACUUCACAGAUGCCAUACCUAAAGAAUACGAUGACAUAAGUUUAGCUCCGAUAUUAACUAUUGUCGUGGGUUGCAUAAUAUUUGUUAUAGCUUUUUUCGGAUGUUGUGGAGCAAUCAGAGAAAGUACCUGUCUUCUUACCACGUAUGCUGUAAUUUUGCUGGUUAUAUUCUUACUGCAAAUUGCUGUUGGAGUAUUCACGUUUCUGGAAAUUAAAGACAAAGAUGAGUUUAAAACCAAAGUUGAUUCUAAAAUAGUGGAUAUUUUCAAUAACAAUAAGAACGAAGAAUUAAUACAACUUAUUCAAAAGAAUUUAAAAUGUUGUGGUAUAGAUGGCCCGAAAUUUUUGCCAGGAACAACACCACCUCCAUCGUGUAUCGGAACAGAAGGUGUUUAUACCACGGGAUGUAAAAGUGCUUUCUAUGAUUUCUUGAUGAAUUCGAUGAGGGUCAUUGGAAUCGUUCUAUUAUCCUUGUCAGCUUUAGAAGUAGUUGGAACCGUAUUUUCACUAUGCUUGUCUAGCAGUAUUAAAAACCGAGAGAGGAGGUUUAGAUAUUAGAAUGAUUCUAAUAUCAAUGAGAAAGGAACCUCUGAUUGGAUUGCCAAAAUCUCGACUGUGUGUGUUCCUGGUGAGCUAGUGGUUUUAUAAAAUAAUUCAUGGUAUCUCUAAUAAAUUUUUGUACCUACAAAGUAAUUGCGUUUGUAUUAAUAUAUUUUCAAUUUUACAAGUACCUAACUUUUAUUGAUUGUAAUUAAUGGUAUUAAAAUGUUACAAAAGAUAA